AUGCCCGUGGCUGCCGAUUUGACACUUUAUUUGCAGCACUUUGUGAAUGUGGUUAUUGUGAAAGGGUGUCAAGGUAACAAUCCAGGUAACAAUCAAGGUAACAAUCCAGGUAACAAUCCAGGUAACAAUCAAGGUAACAAUCCAGGUAACAAUCCAGGUAACAAUCAAGGUAACAAUCCAGGUAACAAUCAAGGUAACAAUCCAGGUAACAAUCCAGGUAACAAUCAAGGUAACAAUCAAGGCAACAGUCAAGGUAACAGUCAAGGUAACAAUCAAGGCAACAAUCAAGGCAACAAUCAAGGUAACAAUCCAAGUAAGAAUCUAGGCAACAAUCCAGGUAACAGUCAAGGCAACAAUCAAGGCAACAAUCCAGGCAACAAUCCAGGUAACAAUCAAGGUAACAAUCAAGGUAACAAUCAAGGCAACAAUCAAGGCAACAAUCAAGGCAACAAUCAAGGUAACAAUCCAAGUAAGAAUCUAGGCAACAAUCCAGGUAACAGUCAAGGCAACAAUCAAGGCAACAAUCAAGGCAACAAUCCAGGUAACAGUCAAGGCAACAAUCAAGGCAACAAUCCAGGCAACAAUCAAGGCAACAAUCCAGGCAACAAUCCAGGCAACAAUCAAGGCAACAAUCAAGGCAACAAUCCAGGCAACAAUCCAGGCAACAAUCAAGGCAACAAUCCAGGCAACAAUCAAGGUAACAAUCAAGGUAACAAUCCAAGUAAGAAUCUAGGCAACAAUCAAGGCAACAAUCAAGGCAACAAUGAAAGUAACAAUCAAGGCAACAAUCCAGGCAACAAUCAAGGCAACAAUCAAGGCAACAAUCCAAGUAAGAAUCUAGGCAACAAUCAAGGCAACAAUCCAGGCAACAAUCAAGGCAACAAUCCAGGCAACAAUCCAGGCAACAAUCCAGGCAACAAUCAAGGUAACAAUCAAGGUAACAAUCCAAGUAAGAAUCUAGGCAACAAUCAAGGCAACAAUCAAGGCAACAAUGAAAGUAACAAUCAAGGCAACAAUCAAGGCAACAAUCCAGGCAACAAUCAAGGCAACAAUCAAGGCAACAAUCCAAGUAAGAAUCUAGGCAACAAUCAAGGCAACAAUCCAGGCAACAAUCAAGGCAACAAUCCAGGCAACAAUCCAGGCAACAAUCAAGGUAACAAUCAAGGUAACAAUCCAAGUAAGAAUCUAGGCAACAAUCAAGGCAACAAUCAAGGCAACAAUGAAAGUAACAAUCAAGGCAACAAUCAAGGCAACAAUCCAGGCAACAAUGAAAGUAACAAUCAAGGCAACAAUCAAGGCAACAAUCCAAGUAAGAAUCUAGGCAACAAUCAAGGCAACAAUCAAGGCAACAAUGAAAGUAACAAUCAAGGCAACAAUCAAGGCAACAAUCCAGGCAACAAUGAAAGUAACAAUCAAGGCAACAAUCAAGGCAACAAUCCAAGUAACAAUCAAGGCAACAAUCCAGGCAACAAUCCAGGCAACAAUCAAGGCAACAAUCCAGGCAACAAUCCAGGCAACAAUCAAGGUAACAAUCCAAGUAAGAAUCUAGGCAACAAUCAAGGCAACAAUCCAGGCAACAAUCCAGGCAACAAUCAAGGCAACAAUCCAGGCAACAAUCCAGGCAACAAUCAAGGCAACAAUCCAGGCAACAAUCCAGGCAACAAUCCAGGCAACAAUCCAGGCAACAAUCAAGGCAACAAUCCAGGCAACAAUCCAGGCAACAAUCCAGGCAACAAUCAAGGCAACAAUCCAGGCAACAAUCCAGGCAACAAUCCAGGCAACAAUCCAGGCAACAAUCCAGGCAACAAUCAAGGUAACUUUUGCUUCAUCGUCUGA